AUGCCCUUCAAGCCACACUACUUGUUGGUCGUACUGACUCUCUGCUGCGUUGCUGCUCUUCACGCGUUUCCUAUGGGCGGCUUCGCUCCACGUCUGACAUGUCGUUGCAUCCGGACGUCCCCUGCCUUCAUCUCUCCCACCAGGUUUCACAAGUUGGAGAUCUUACCUGCAGGAGCCCACUGUAGUCGCAUGGAGAUGAUUGUUACCAAGAAGGACAAGACCAUAGUCUGUGUGAAUCCAGAGGCAAAAUGGAUCAACAAAGUCAUUGCCCGGUUACAAAGUAACAACAAGGGAAGUGCAGGUGUCCCCAUCUCAACCACGAAGGACGGCAUCAACAUGAUAGUGGAACAGCUACAGUAA